AUGGGUGGCUCCGUAUCCAAGAUGAUGGGGAAGAUCUUCGGCACGAAGGAGAUGCGCAUUCUCAUGCUGGGUCUCGAUGCGGCUGGAAAGACCACUAUUCUCUACAAAUUGAAACUUAGCAACCAGGAUGUGACGACCAUCCCCACCGUCGGAUUCAACGUUGAGAGCGUCACCUAUAAGAACGUCAAGUUCAACGUCUGGGAUGUUGGUGGCCAGGACAAGAUUCGUCCUCUCUGGAGACACUAUUACUCUGGCACACAAGGCUUGAUCUUCGUGGUGGACUCCAGCGAUACUGCUCGUCUGGAGGAGGCUCGCUCAGAACUCCACAAGAUCAUCAAUGACCGUGAAAUGAAGGAUGCCCUCCUUCUGGUAUUUGCCAACAAACAGGAUAUCGAUGGCCAUUUGACUCCCGAGGAAAUUACUACCGAGCUGCAACUCACCAAUCUGAAAGACAAGAUUUGGUAUGUCGCGCCCAGUGUCGCGACUGAUGGCACUGGUAUCUUUGAGGGCCUGGCCUGGCUCUCCAACAACGUCAAGACCCAGCAACAGAAAUAA